CGGCCUAUGGAGAAAAAUAUAGCUGUAAUCGGUGCUGGAAUUAGCGGCCUUGCUGCCUUGAAAUGCAGCGUAGAAGCUGGAAAUCGGACCACCUGUUUUGAAAGAAGUGACAAUGUGGGGGGUCUUUGGGGUUUCACAGAUUAUGCAGAAGAUGGGAGGGCAAGUAUCUACCGCUCUGUAUUCACUAAUGCGUGCAAAGAAAUGAUGUGUUAUCCCGACUUUCCAAUACCUGACGAGUACCCCAAUUUCAUGCAUAACACUCUGUUCCUGGAGUACUUGAGUCUAUAUGCCGAAAAGUUUGACCUACUAAGGCAAAUCAAAUUUAAGACUACUGUGGUCAGUGUAAAAAAAUCAAUCGAUUUCACAGAGACAGGCAAAUGGGACGUAGUUACAGAGUGUGACGGAAAGCAAAAAUUGACCACCUUUAAUGCAGUGCUUCUCUGUACAGGCCAUCAUGUAUACCCAAACCUACCCCUUCAAUCUUUUCCUGGAAUCGAUAAAUUUAAAGGUCAAUACAUGCAUAACCGAGAUUACAAGGAACCUGCCCGUUAUACCGGGAAGCGUGCGCUUAUAAUAGGACUGGGAAAUUCAGGAGCUGAUAUAGCAGCUGAAUUGAGCCGCACAGCUGAAAAGGUUUGGCUCAGCACGAGGAGUGGGUCAUGGGUAAUGAGUCGUGUCUGGGAUAAUGGGUAUCCCUGGGACAUGGUAUACUUGACUCGCUAUCAGUCGUUCCUAAAUAGAAUUCUUCCAAGAGCUCUCUCAGACAUGCUUUAUGAAAACAUGAUGAACAAAAGAUUCAGCCAUGAAAAUUAUGGAUUGGUACCUGUGAAUAAGAGUUCAAGAAAGGAACCAGUCUUCAAUGAUGACUUGGCAGCAUGUAUUACGUGUGGCACAGUUGUUGUGAAACCCAACGUCCGAGAAUUUACUGAAUCCUCCGCUAUAUUUGAAGACGGGUCUGUAGUGGACAAUGUGGAUGUAGUUAUCUUUGCCACAGGUUACAGCUAUGCAUAUCCAUUCUUAGAUGACUCGAUUGUGAAGAACGAUAAAGAUAAGGUGUCUCUCUAUAAGGGUGUAUUUCCUCCAAAACUUGAACAACCUACACUCGCAGUAAUUGGAUUAGUCCAGUCUUUAGGGGGAAUCCCACCAACUGCUGAUGUACAGGCUCGUUGGGCUGUCAGUGUUAUUCAGGGCAUUUGCAAACUACCCUCUAAAGAAACAAUGGUCAAGGAACUAGAUGAAGAGGAAAAUGAAAAAAAGAAUUGGUUUGGUCGGAGUGAAACACUGUCCACUGACUAUGUCGCCUACAUGGAUGAACUGAGUUCUUUUAUAGGCUGUAAACCAAACCUACUUUUGCUUUUGCUUACUGAUCCCAAACUGGCUUGGCAAGUGUUCUUUGGGCCAUGUUGCCCCUACCAAUUUCGAUUGAAAGGUCCUGAGAAAUGGGAUGGUGCCAGAAAUGCAAUUUUAAAGCAGUGGGACAGAACAAUCAAGGCAACAAGAUUUCGUAAAGUGCCCUCUCGUACAGAAUAUUCCUACAUAAUCAAACUGCUUUUAAUACCUCUUCUGCUGGCAGUCUUCCUGGCAUGGCUUAAUCUAUAGCACAACUACUUUUCACUACAUCGCAAAUUAAUAAUUACUUUGCAUGGUGGGUUUUAAAAAUAAUUUAAAAAAAUAAAUUUUAUUCACAAAUUUUUACUUUUGGUAUAGCCAACAUUAAUCUGAAAAAAAAUGUGUGCUCAUUUCAAUAUGAUUAUAUUGAAAAUGUGUCCUAAAAUGCCACACAAGUCCCAGGUAAAAUCACCAAUAAUACUUGAAAAAGGAAAAAAAAAUAUUUAAUAUCGUGUGUCCAGAAGACUGCAUUUUCACCUUCAGGCAAACCGUUUUUCUACUUGGAAUAAUAUUUUCUUUCCACAUUAGUUUCAAUAUAUCCUUCAAGCCUGGUCAACUCAGCUUACUAAUGAAUGGAUAUUCAGUCAAAUCAUGUUGUACACUACAUAGUAAGCCUUUGUGACUUGAUCUUAAUCUCCUAUAUAACUAAAUGGAAUAUUGAUGUAAACCAAGUGAACUUUUCAUUUUCUCAAGUUCGUUUUGAAUAUGCUGUAUUUAUCAUAUUAUAAGUAAUGUCACUUUAAAAAUCUAUUUCAUCCAAAUAAAGUUGUUUCCAGUUA